GUGAUCAUCGAGGUACUAUUAUUUCCAAAUCCACAUUCAUCAACAUUUAAUGAUGCGGUAAAUUUAAUUCAAGUAAAUGUAGAAAGUAUUCAACCUGAUAAUGGGAUUGCUAUAGGAAUGGGAAUUGAUGCGGCAUUAGCUGCUGCAAAGAUUCAUUUUGAAUUAAUAAAGAAACUUAUCUU